AUGGAUGAAUUGGUGAUGGGGACUUUGAUGGUCGGCGUUGGUCGGCAGGUAGACUCGAAAUCUGGGGUCCGUUCUGUAGGAAAGAGGAUAAAAUCUAGACUGAAAGUGGUAAAAAAACUCGUGCCCUACCCACAUCUGCUGUUGAUGUCUGGCGGUGAAAGGUCGGCAUCACUUCUCCUGAGGCCAAUUGAGGUGAAGAGCUUGGGCGAAAAGGUAAUUGUAGACUUUGAAAAGUCAUCUGCUGGAAAGGGAAAAAGUCGGUUCAACGAGCAGAAAGCCAUACCA